AUUACAAAACCCACCUAGCCAAGCAACCGUCCGUCUUCAUCUUCCCUUUCCACCUUACAAUCUCUCUGGACUCUCUCUCUUACAAAGAGAAAGCGAGACAAUCUUACGACAUCACACCCAUAUCACGUUCGGAGCUAUUUGAUUACUCUUUUGCUCCAAAAUUAAAGCAAAAGAUAUGGUGGGUCUUUUCUCUAGAUUUUCUGUCAGCAAAAAUGGCCAUCGUCGCUCCCAAAGUGCACUCGACGAAAGGGAAGCUGUAGCUCAAGAUACAGAGGAUAUAGAAACAACUGGUAAUGUUACAGGAUUUAUGUCGACUUCUCAUCAUGGAAUCGAAGUCGCAGUUGAGUUUAAGCCUGUGGAGCAUCCGAUUGAGCCUCUUGACCUCGAUCAACCCAUUCAAUGCCCAUUGCCCGAACCUUCGAUCCUCAAUGAUGGGAGAAUAUGGAAAGAACGCGUAUCUGCAGGCGUGCAAAAACGGGUCGAUUUACCCGGAAUGCAUGAUGAAACGGGGGGCCCACCCGAACCCGAGACACCACGAUCAAAAUCACGACCUCGGACAAAUCGAAUGAUAUUACCAUCGAUUAGUGCACCUGAACAUAAUAUUCUAAAACUCCUAGAAGAGUCGGGGAUGUAAAAUGUAAAUUUAUGGCCAUCGUUUGUUCAAAUUUGGAUGCAAUUUUUGGGUUUUUUCAUUAUAUGUUUUAUUUACCGUUUUCAAAAACACAAACACAAGAACGACAUUAUAUGUAC